GCGGUGUGUGCGUGAAGCCCUCUCAGCUGUGAGGCAUUUAGAUAUUUAAAUUGUGUCUUAAACACGUUGUUAUUGCAGGUUUACAGAAGAUGCUGGAGUCAAUUAAAGUAACAGAAAGACUCCACUGGCCCGAAGUAGAAAUGUCCAAAAAGUACAUCUUAAACUCUGCUGACAAGGCACUAAGUCCAAGCCAAGUGUACCUGGAGAAGAUUUCUUCCACUGUCCUCAAAGACAUCUUCGGUACCGGCUCCAGCAGCUACAACGUCCUGCUGCAGGCUGAGGAGAAGAAGAACCAGAAGCAGUCCCCGUACAAGAGGCCAAAAACAACCCUGAAAUGUGCCGUCACAUCUAGUAGAAGAAACCGCCCGGUCGUGGCUCCUAAAAAGCUGCGUGCACCGGAAAGUGGAGCUAAACCUGCACAGACAAAUCGUGUUCUUUCAGGCAACAAUCACCCUAAACCAUCAAAGAACAUCACAAUAGUGGGCAGCACCAUGGGCCUGACCCCUCGUGCAGCUCCACACCUGAGAAAAAUGGGCAUCCCCAAUUCCCUCCGCACCAAACUUCCCUCGUUGCACAAAGCAGCGAUCACACGGGACGUGGAAAAUGCCAAGAAGCUCUGCAUCCUUACAGCUAUAAAGCCGUCUAAUGUUCAGAAAGAGAAGGCCGCGUUUUUCAAGUCUGACUUCAACUACAAUCCACAGUUUGAGUACAGCAACCCAGUCUCUCCGGCUGUUCUGGCCCGGCAUAACAAUGCCUCAGACCGCUUCCUGACACAGGCAGUGAGCAUCAUGGAGCUGGCCCUGCAGCGAUAUGGCAGCUACGAGAAGUUUGAGCAGGCCACCGGGGGCAACCUCCUCACCAAGAGUCGCGUCUGGCUCAACAUCAAGAAAUACAUGGAGAAGGAAGGCUGCCUGGGGGAGAUCGUAGCCCAGGUGACAGACGACCUCCUGUCCAGAGCCUCCAUGACGGUGGUGAACGGCAGACCCACACUGACCGUCAACAUCGCCACUGCCCGAGAGCACUGGCUUGAUGGCAUGCUGCGGCACGAGAUCGGCACACAUUAUUACCGUGGCCUCAACAACUGCCACCAGCCAUGGAGCAGCACUGUGGGCAGGAAGAAGCACAACCUGAAGCCCCUGAACCCCACAGAGGAGGGCCUGGCCAGCAUCCACAGUGUCCUGUUCAGGAAAGACCCCACGCUGUGGCGCGCCGCCCUGCUCUACUACACCGUCUACCAGGCCAGCCGCAUGUCCUUCUCCCAGCUCUUCCACGAUCUGGGACGCUUCGUCCAGGACCCCAACACCCGCUGGGACUACUGCGUCCGAGCCAAGAGGGGCCAGACCGAUACAGCACAGCCAGGUUGCUUCAGUAAAGACCAGGUCUACCUGGACGGUAUCCUGCAGAUCUUGAGAUACAGAGACAAGAUCAACUUCCCACUGCUGAUGGCUCUAGGAAAGGUGUCGUUUGAAGACGUGGACCGCCUGAAACCACUGGCUCAGAUGGAAAACGUCCGCAUACCACACUUCAUGCAGGACCAGGCAAGGUAUGCCGAGCAGCUGGAGAAAAUCAUGGCGGUCAACCAGCUGAGUGACGAGGAGCUCAAGGCCAUCAUCUGACUCAGCUCCGCUCCACUGCACAAACCUGAUCACACCUGAAUAAAACCCGUCACCACCACUGCCAGCCGCGGCCCGCAUGCCUCAACACCAUCAUCCUGCAUGGUAGCAGAGUGUGUGAUAUGUGCAGCAUGCUUUAGUGCAUGCAGUGAAACGUUAGACAGAUACAUUAGUUUACAUUGGCUUUGAAUUAUAGAUCUGUUAUUGCCAUUUCUCCACCGAUACAAUAGGGAGCAUCCAGAGAAUCAUUUCAGUGCUUUGUGAUUACAAUUGGAAGUAGUUUAUAUUUUUUUUAACAGUGCCAAUACAAUACCUUGAUUAGUGAUCAAUACAGAAAUGAAACAUUUUCCAAGCACAUUGUGCCAAAUUAAUUUUACUUGUUAGUCUCUGAUAUCAGUUUGGUUCGAGGUUUGAUACCCAGUUUUGGAUUAAGCAGGGUUUGCAGUAAUAUCUCCUCCAUUGCGAAAAUACAUUUUUAAUAUUUUGACCUAAUUUAGAGCCUGAUUGAUUUUUUUAAAGUCUAAUAUUUAAAUUUAAGACUUGAAAAUCUUGUUUUUUUUUUACAUAAACACAUCUCAUGGACAAACACGUUUAAUAAGGAUCCCUUAGAUUUAUGAAAGGUUAAUAUAAUUUAACUUAAUUAACACGCUUGUCAGUGCUUUGUGGUGCACUAAACUUGUAAUGGUGAGACUGUUUUCAAAUUGACUUCACACACAUAUAAGGGAUUGCUGUACUUCACUUAGUUCAGAGGGUGUCUCAUGUACUGGUUCGUGAAAUGCACUUUGACCCAUUGCAUGCCGUGUUGCCAUACGUGAACCAGGCUACUGUUGUUUUAUUUGCUAACGUAAAAUGGAGUUACCAGCUAGCUAUGCUGAAAGUAUAAUCGUCACAAUCAUUGCACCAAACCAUCUGAGAAGUGAUGGAAUUAACACAGGGUAAUAAAUCUGGAUAAAUGUAAAGCUCCAUGCUGACUUUUCAAAUGCAACUGCCUUUAACCAACCUUAGCUUUUUACUCAGUGAGGCAACAGAGUCACUGUGAAUGAACAGUAAGACGUUAAUUCAGCAGCGUUUUUCUGUAGUAUAUUGGGCUAAUUGGGUUGCAUUUGGAUUAGUUCAAAUUACAUGCUAAUUUGCUAAUAUUACAAUGUAUAUAUAUAUUGUAAUAUAUAUAUAUAUACAUAUAUAUAUAUGUGGUGUAUAUAUAUAUAUACCACCAUCUUCUAUCCUAUACAUCACACGCGUGGAUCUCAUUUGUGCUCAUAAUUAGCCAUUGAUAUCAGAUGUGACAUAACCGUUGCUUAAUUUCUUGUAGACUUGUGCAUGAAUAUGGUUAGCUUCAACAUCAAAAACACAUUGAUCUAGUUCUAAUUUAAGCAUUCUUUGUCUUUCUCUCACGCACCUGUGAUCUAAGUGUACUUACCUAGUGUUUUAUAUCCGUCUCUUGAGUGGGGAUAAACACAUUCUUGCACUUUUUUUCCUCUAGCUACCACUAAGGAUGAAUAUUUUUGUAGUACUGAUGUUAGGAAUUGAAAAAGGGAGUUGUUGCUCGGGAGAAAAGAAAUGUGAAAGUCACUUGUAAAGCUGUAUAUUUUGAAGGUGAGUUCCUAUGAAACCUUUGUGGUCCGUGUGCACUGACUUGAAGCCCUGGUUGACUAUUUGCACUUUGUUACCUUCGAUCUACCUUUUUCAACUGCACUGAUAUGGGCAGUUACUGUGUUGGUGUCAUAGACGGUAUUAAAGAAGUGGACGUAGUCACCAUGAUGUCAUAUGUUGGCUUGUGGACGGCAGUUUAGAGGCCUUGAGUUUGGCAUUUUGGCCGUCGCCAUCUUGUUUUUUGGAGCCAGAAGUGACCAUAUAGCAACCUGUCAAUCACAAGGUAGCCCCGCCCUAAAGCAUACACAGCUUUAUCGUCUAUUUUACACUAAAUAGAACCAUAAUUUACUAAAUGAACAUCAUGCUGUAUUGAAGAAGAUUUGAAACUAGAGAUUGAGACCAUAAACUCAUGUUAACAAUGAUUACUGAGGUAAUAAAUCAAGUGAGAAGUAGGGUCAUUUUCUCAUAGACUUCUAUACAAUCAGACUUCAUUUGACAUCCAGAUUUUGAUUAGAAAGAAUGCAAGUUUAAGGAGCUUCUGCAUUGGCUUCACUUUCCAGACCCGGAGGCUACGUCCACUUCUUUUUCACACUCUAAGGUUGGUGUCACUUAUGAUAUAUUUAUGUUUUACAAAACAAACCAAAUGCCUCUUGGUUCUAUUGUGAUACUUGAUGAGUUUUUGUGUCGUUGAUACCAGGAAUGACCUGAUAUCCAGAGCGUGUGUGCUACUCUGCCCCUUAAAUAGUAGAGUUUAAUUACACGGCAUUCCUAUGUAAUGUUUUCUAUGAGUGACUUUUUUGGUGAUAUUCAUAGAUAAAAUCUUCAA